AUGCCACGGAUAUUGGAUAGUGAGGCACAGCUGGCUUGCGCGAAAAGUGCUCUCGUUGUACAAUAUAUAUCCACUCCAACUGACCGAAAUGUUACUGAUGGGUUACCUGAUGGACUCGUUGCGGGGAAUCUGGGUGCUAUUGCUGGCCUCGUUGGUGUUGAGGAAACCUUCGAUUAUAUCGUCAUCGGUGGUGGGACCGGUGGAAACGCAAUUGGCGUCCGUCUCGCAGAAGCUGGGCACAAAGUUGCAAUUAUUGAAGCGGGUGAAUACUACGAGAUUGGAGAGAUCGUUCUUGCAAGUACCCCUGGGGGUGACAUAGUCUUCGUUGGGGCCGAUAUUACAGAUUCGGAUCCUCUCGUCGACUGGGAAUUUGUGACAGAACCGCAGGCAGGUGCUGACAACAGAGAAAUUCAUUAUGCUCGUGGCAAAUGUCUAGGUGGAUCAUCCGCCCUUAAUUUCAUGGUCUAUCACAGGGGAACCAAAGGUAGCUUUGAUAAAUGGGCUGAGCUUGUCGGAGAUGAGAGCUACACUUUCGAAAACGUGCUACCUUACUACAAGAAGAGUCCAGUAUUCACACCCCCGAAUGAAGAGAAGCGUGCCGCGAACGCUACUCCGAGAUAUAACCCAGACGCGUUCUCACCGUCAGGGGGGCCUCUGCAGGUUACAUUUUCUAACUAUGCCUCUCCGCUCUCUUCGUGGGUUAGCAAGGGACUACAUGCAAUUGGACUUCCUGAUGCCUAUGAUUUCAACAGCGGCGUUCUGGAUGGUUCCCAGUAUGUCACUACGACAAUACGGGCAUCUGAUCAGACACGCAGCAGUUCCCAGACUUCUUUUCUCAAGAGCGCAAUGGACCAAAACCUUCAAACUUUGAAAGUCUAUAUUGGGACGCAAGCUGAAAAGAUUCUCUUUGAUGACAACAAGGUCGCCACUGGUGUUCAAGUCAACACCGCAGGUAUCGGCUAUACACUUCAUGCCUCCAAGGAAGUCAUCCUCUCUGCAGGUACAUUUCAAUCCCCGCAAGUUCUGUUGCUCUCGGGUAUUGGAGCGAAGGAGACUCUCGAACAGUUUGAUAUCCCAGUCAUCGCGGACUUGCCCGGCGUGGGACAAAACAUGUGGGAUCAUAUUCUCUUUGGUCCGACGUACCGUGUUGACGUUGAUACUUACACCAAAGUGAUUCGAGAUCCCGCUUUUCUUGCAGAGGCGGUCGUCUCGUAUAUUGCCAACCAAACUGGUCCCUUGGCCGGCAACGUUGCUGAUUACCUGGGAUUCGAGAGACUCCCCAAGGCUUACCUGGACCAACUCAGCGAAAGCGCCAGAAACGAUCUGGCCACUUUCCCUAGCGAUUGGCCCCAUAUCGAGUAUAUCGUCGCUCCCGGAUAUGUAGGCAAUUUCGGCAAUCUCCCAUUAAACCAGCCGUUCGACGGUUACGAGUAUGGAACAAUUCUCGCGGCGAUCGUCGCUCCUCUCUCCCGUGGAAAUGUCACCUUGAAGUCGGCAUCGAUCACAGAUAAGCCGUUGAUUAACCCUAACUGGCUCACCAGCGAUACCGAUGUACAAGUUGCUAUCGCCGCUUUCAAGCGCGCACGCGAAGCUUUCGAAAGCAACGCAAUGAAACCAAUCCUAAUCGGAGACGAAUACUACCCCGGAAAGAACGUACAGACCGAUGAAGAGAUCCUCGAUGUCAUCAGGAAGAGCUUGAUGACAUUCUGGCACGCUUCCUGCACUAACAAGAUGGGCAAGAGUGACGACCCGUUGGCUGUUGUGGAUUCUCAAGCUCGUGUCUUUGGUGUCAAGGGCCUGCGUGUAGUCGAUGGAAGUGCUUUGCCACUCCUACCACCGGGUCAUCCACAGAGCACAAUUUACAUGCUUGCGGAGAAGAUUGCAGAUAAUAUCAUUAAGGGAUCCUCGUAG